AUGAGUACUCUAGCGGAAAUCGUUGAACUAGAUGGAGAGAUUCUAAGUGAAAAAUUCGGCCUUGAACCCCGUUUCUGUUGCAGCCCAAACGAAAGCGACAAUUUAUUGCACCUAUCGCCGAUUAUCCUCUUGGAGGAUUUAGAGUUGAGAGAUGGCGGAUUCAAGGAUACAAGUGCGAAAGAUGUAUUGAGUCGAGUGGCAAAACACAUUUGCGACUCAAAAGAUCCAUCUUUGUUUCAAAUCCCGGAAAUACCCGCCUUUCACAUGGGGUACGCUAAAAGAUCCGAGAACAAAAAGAGAAACAUGGCUAUCGGUCACGAAGAAGCUAAAAUUUGGAUGUCAUAUCUGAACCUGUCGCGUUUUAAUCAAGAUUCUGAAGGUGAAGAGUCACACGAGCCAACUUCAUCCGACGAAGAAAUGGAUAUUGACCCACCAACAGCACAAGAUACACCAAAUCAAGAUGACAAGGAUUUGGUCUGCCCGCAUAAUAGCGGACUAAAAUUUCCCUUGAAAGGAUCGCACAUUCUUUUGUUUUCAAUCCUUCUGAUUUUCUAUGACAAGAAGAAAAAGAAGGCAAAUUCUACCAGAUCAAAUGAAGACGAACCAAAGAUUGGGGCGAACAAGGUCUCUGAUUUCCUACUCUUUUGGAUUAUACCCUAUUUACUUAGUUAUACCCAGAAGAAAGUACGAGAGAUCGUGAAGCACCAUCAAGCACACAAUCGGCGCGAGUUUCGGUCAACUUGCAAAAAGUCCAGUUUUGAUGUCAUCAAGGAAGCAAUGUCUACUUGUGGAUUUCCAGCUGAACUUAAAACAACUAUUUUAUCGAAGUACAAAGAUUUUUAUGGAACGGAACAGCUAGAAUAUGAGUACGAUUUGCUGAAAAGUCCCGAAAACACGCCAGUGAUUUUAGUUCCAAAGCGUUACAAGGUCACGCAAAUGCCAGUAGAACUUGAAGAUAUUGGAAACAACUGGCGUGAGCUUGGUGAUAUAACACUAACAAGACUUUUUGUAAGUAAAUUUAUCAGAAACAGGGAUAUUCAAAGAGAUUUCUUCUAUUCGUUUCCACUAUUGACAAAUCGACAGGGUGUCGACUAUGCGAUUAUCCUGCCUGAUGAGGAAACAUUUCUUGAGGUAAUACGUGACCUCGAGGAAACAAGUCGUGAUAUCUUUAUCCCUCCAGACGUUUAUCCCAAAGGAGGCCGUGACAUCAUCGUGCCAAGCAUUGGGUUGGUUACCACCAGAGACAAACAUCUAAGUGUUUGCUUUUCCUACUUUCAAGGUAAGAUUGCAGUUUCUCAUUGCAAACUUUUUACUGUUUUGGUCCUUAUUUUAUUGUCUUUUAAAGAAAAUUACCUUCUCUUGUCAAUCUCACAUUUGGACAGCUGCACUAGCAAUGCCAGGGCAUCAACACGUGUGUCACAUGAGAUUAAACAAAUAAUGGUAUUGAUCAAUAUUGUCUGAAAAUGCCAUAUAAAAUCAGAAGUUUCGGUUGGUAUUUAGUUUUUCAUCUUAUUGUAUACUACUUCACUUGUCUGACUUUUAACCCAAUGGAGGCCUUCCAUAAAAUACUUGUCAUUCAGCCUUCUCAAAAUUGUUUUAUUGAGUUGGAAAAUUUUAUUGAAGAGUAGGCUAAGUUGGUAUGAAGGGUGCCAUCCCUCCCCCCCAUCCUCAUGAUAUAUUUUAAAUAUGCAUCAAGGAGAUGCAUUGUGGUGCAUUCUAAGGUUUGCAGUGGGAAAACACUUUUUUUCAUCAACUCACAACAUAAAUACCUCAAAUUUUUAAGGAAAUGACCAGAGGAUAUGCAGAAAAUGGGUGGAAUGAUGUUAAUAGUGGAGAAAUCAUUCUGGGAAGUUGGGCUGUGAUAAAUACAUUAACAUCAGUAGUCCUUUAAUUCAUUUCGCAUCUUCAUUUCAAAGUGAAGCCUUUUCUUUUAUUAUGAAAUUCUAGCUCUCCACCCUCUCAAGGCUCAUGCUAAAAAUUGCAUCGACCUCUUGUUAUUUGGUUCAACACAGGUCAUUUAUUCUGGGGUAAAAGCUAGUUGUUCUAACAACAAGGAAUCUGAUAAUGAGAUUUGGAAUUUCUAAUGAAAUUUAUUUACCGUAUUUAUUCGCCUAUAAGCCGAGCGAUUUUUCCAACAAAUUAAACUGAGAACAGGUAAAUUCUCGCCAAGGUAGGGGGUUCGGCUUAUAGACGAGUAUUUUCGCCAAAAAAUUUACGGGUGCUUAACAAGAUUCGAAAUUCAAUGUUUAUUCGACUAUAAGCCGAGCGAUUAUCAACAAACACAAAUUUCCGAGAUCGCGAAAGGUAGGUACAUGCAAAUCAUUGUUGGUCAUUGACUUUAAUUUAUGCGGUGGCUCCUAAAGGAGCCGUUUUGUUUGUGAAGUUGAAGUUUGUGACAUUGAAGUUUUAGUCAUCGUCGUCUUUUUCGCUGUCAGUCUCAAACUCAUCCUCCAUCCUUGAAGUCUGGAUCACUGCUCAACUCUUUCGCUUUUCACCGUAGAAUUAAUCCGCUUACAGCAAUUCCUGUAAAACAUAACAGAGAUUAAUUGUUUGACUUGUUUUGACAACAUGAAAAACUGGCCAAUCAGAAGCGGUCAUUCCCACGGUUUGUGUAAACAUUGCAACACGAUCUGACAGAUAUCAGCUGAUCGAAGCUUUUCAUUGUUUUAAAGAAACGAAAGACUUACCUUGACUCCUCUGCUCUGAAAACCAGUCCAGUAGUGUUUGAUCCAAUUCAGGAUACUUUGGCGAAAAGCAGCCCAUCGUCUUUCGCUUUGCUGACAUUUUAAGCUCACUGAUUCCGUAAUCUCUAGCGAUCUCGGAGUUGUUCUCGACGGCCUCUGCUUCAGCAACGACUUUUAGUUUGAACGCUAAGUUGUAUGAAGAACGACGAACUUUCGGCAUGAUGAUCGAUUACGAUAACUUUGAAAGAGAGCGAUUGUUUGAGCCAGGAUUCUGAACUCAGGUGAAUGUUUUGUUAUGUCACGCAUGGUUCUAUUUAUUUACAUUAAAUUCAACUUUUCUUUGAUUUGUUGUUACUUUCAAUUAAACGACCAAUAACAACUGAGUAAAUUGGACUUAAUGAAUAUGUUUAUUCAUAACCUACUUUUUGGUUGCAUGUUUCCCGAGAGGGAAGCUCCUUUUGUUUUCGGUUUAUGUUAAUUCAUCUCAGUUAACGACACGCGUGGAGUACUUUGCAAUUAUUAGGUCUCGGCUUAUAGCCGAAUGUUUUGUGUUUAUUUUUUAUUUCAAUGCAACAGCUGCUGACAUGAAAAAGUUUAGGGUCUCGGCUUAUAGCCGAGAUCGGCUUAUAGGCGAAUAAAUACGGGUAAUUACAAAAUGUAUCAGAUUCCUCCAUGGGAUAGAAGAACUCUUGAAAUUUGCCUUGCUCCUAAUGUAUAGCUUUGUAGCUCAGUUGAUAGUGGCACCCAAUAGCAUCUGGGGAGCACAGGUUUGAAUGCCAUCAAACCCAAAAUAUUUCUCAGGCUUUCUUUCUGCAAUUGCUAAAAUUCCAGCUCAUGCAUCUGCAAGAAUCAUUGCUUUAUUUGAUUUUCAGUCUGCUCAUGUAUGAAGGUCAAAUGAAAUAUAUAUCUGAAUAAUUUAUUACAAAUUGAUGGUCUGUGCUUGAUUGCUUUUAGGGACAGGGGGAGGGAAAGUGGCUGCCUUGUUCAGGGCCAUUGGUGCUCAUUACCACGAUCACUUUUCUCUGGUAAUCUUGCCUGGGUUGUGCAAAAAUGAUCGGGAUCCUGACUGCAAGGUUGGCAGCCUCUAUCCUGUGAGUGGUAUCAGGAUGGUCACUUUCAAAGGCAAAUAUCCUGAGCUGGUCAAGAAAACUUCCUUUUCAGCCAGUCAAGGUAAAUUCUGUCUUGCCGAGUUUCCAGAAACAUACAAGUUAUGGCAACAAGAGGUCAAAAACAAUGAUUCAGUAAUGAAACUGAUGACCGCAACAAAGAGAGGUUUGCAAGUGGACCCCAAAUAUGAACAGAAUGUACCUCUUGUUGUUGAAUACAGCAAGAAAUGCCAUGGACAGAGGCUAAAGAGUGUGCCAUUUGGAGCUACUACUGCAACCAGUAACAAAUCUGUAAGAAAAUACAUGUUCAGAGCAGUAAAUCUAAAUGGAUGUUUACUUAACAACCUGGAGAAAAGUGGGCGUAGAGGUAACACUGCAGUUGUCCUUUACAUAGAAGAUACCUGUGGAAAUUUUGGCAGUUGUUUGCCAGCUUUAUCGAAGGCCAUCCAAGUCAUAAAAGUAAAUUUUGUGAGGGCAGUUGUUGCUGCUGGCCUUCCUAAAGGUGAAAGCUUUUUUUGUAUAAUUUAUACCAUGAAUCUGUUAGCUCUUCCUAUUCUAGAUAUUUGUUGAAUUGAUAUCCAUUUCAUGAUGCAGUGUUUGUUUUUACAAAUUGUAAAAUGCAAUCCCUAAUACUGAAUAAAUUUCACGCAAAUUAAACUAAACCUAACAUUGAUACAAUGAAUAAAAUGUAAUAUAUGCAUGUGUGUAUAUAUAUAUAUAUAUAUAUAUAUAUAUAUAUAUAUAUAUACGUGAAAGAAUUAAAGAGGACGCAUUGAUUCUGUUACUCUGAGUUUUGUGCCUAAGCGUUUGUCAGACAGAACUUUACUUUAGAAAAGAAACUUUAGAAAAGUUCUGUCUGACGAGCGCUUAGGUGCAAAACUCAGAGUAACAGAGAAUCGAUGCGUCCUCUUUGAUUCUUUCACUUAAAUAUACUCAGCUCUGCUACCACAGCAUUGAACACUUUAUGCUAAGGUAGACUUUACCCCUCACAUUUAUAUAUAUAUAUAUGUAUUUAUGUAUGUAUGUAUGUAUAUUUAUAUAUUGUGGGAGGAAAAAGACAAAUAAACUACCAGUUCAUCCCUACAGACCUGUUUCGUGGUUGCCCACUCAUCAGGGGCAAAUAGGGAUUGGUCUGUAGGGAUGAACUGGUAGUUUGUCUUUUUCCUCCCACAAUAUAUACAUCGCUCUAAUCUUAGGUAUUGAGCACUGUUUUAUGUUUUAAGUCAAAAUUUUAUAUGUAUAUUUAUAUGUGUGUGUAUAUAUAUAUUUAUACAUAAGUUAAAGAAUUAAAGAGGACGCCUCGAUUCUCUGUGACUGAGUUUCUCUCCUAAGUGCUUGUCAGACAACUAAGGUGCAAAACUGAGAGUCACAAAGAAUCAAUGCACCCUCUUUAACUCUUUAACUUAUGUAUUCUUAGCUCUGCUACCACAGCAUUGAGCACUUUAUGCCAAGGUAGACUCUACCCCACAUUCAUUUAUAUACACACACACACACACACACACACACACACACAUAUAUAUAUACAUACACACACACAUUUAUAUAUAUACAUUUAUAUAAUAAGCUCAGUUAUGCAUGCGUUUUGAUUGGUUCUCACUUAUGAUCUAUUGGAGGGCAGACGUAUAGAUGAUGUCAGCAUUAAAACUUUUUAAAAUUCUUUAUUAUAUAAAACAAAUAGAUUCCAAGUUGCCGUGCGUCUUUUCAGUAAUAGAUCACAGAGGACGUCAAAAUGUGGUAAGAACAUCUGACACACUCGGCUGCGCUUCGUGUGCCACUUUUUUGUUCUUACCACAUUUUGAUGUCAUCUGUGAUCUAUUACUGAACAGAUGCACAGCAACUUGGAAUCUAUUUGUUAAACAUACAUACAUAUAUACAUAUAUAUACAUAAAAUAAGUAUAUCUGCAUUCAGUAAAGAGUGAUUGGAUGGUUCAAGUCUUAAAGGUUGGUUUUAGAUACUUAAGAAAAGCUUUUGAUUCUGAUCAAUUUGCAGUCUAUCCCUUUGAAUCAGAUGACAAAGACAGGGAUGAGAUUGAAAGUGGUUCAUGGGAGGAGGAAGAUGAGGAAGAAGAAAGUUCUGAAGAUGAACCAUCAGCCUCUGGUCCCAAUCCAGCAGGUUGGUAGAAUGUCAGAUAUUAUCAAUAUCAUUAUAACAAAGAAAAUCAUCAUAUUUUUUAACUAUUAUUGUCAUGACAUCUUCCUUCGCCUUUGCUCUGUUGAUAUGACUUGGGUGUCUGUCAUAUUAUUACUAAUAAUUACUAUGACUGAAUAUUUGAAAGCCAUGUAUUUGAACUGUGGAUAAAGACAUCAAUAUGAAAGUGGUCUUCAACCUACUUCAAAUCUGUGAAGUGGGUGGCUUGUUAGCUCAGUUGGUAGAGCACUGCACCAGUAUUGCAGAGGUCAUGGGUUGAUUUAAAUCCUGCUUUCAUAGUCACAUCUUUUUCUCCAGUUCAAAUAUAUGACUUUCAUUUAUUCACAGUUGUUUAUUCACCACUUCACGGGUUUAUUUGGAACCAACAUGAUAACCAGCUCCCAGUUGGAUUGUUAGCUCAGUUGGUAGAGCACUGCACUGGUAUUGCAGAGGUCCUGGAUUCAAAUCCCAUACAGGCCUGAAUUUUUUUCAGGCCUUAUUUUCACUACUGCUAAAGUAUUAUUCAUUAAUGCAAAGAUCACUUUCAUAUUCAAUUAAUUACUUUAUGAUAAUCACAAUAGCUAAAAAUAAUCAUUACUAAGUUGUUAUUGGUAUUUCUAUUCUAGUAACUGUUGUUUGUUAUUCUUAUUGUCAUCAUGAUCAUUGUGUUUGACUUUGGGUAAACACAGCUGUAACCAGAUAAGCAAAAGGCUGCAACACUGUUAAAUUACUUCAAACACUAGUUUGAGUACAUAUCGGCCAAGAAAAUUUGGAGAUUAACUUGUAUCUGUAAAUGGCAUAUGAGUAUGGCUGACAUAGAGCUAGAUUUGAAACAUUAUGAGCUCCUUUCAUACUGGGAAUAUUGUUAUCCUUCUACCGCAGUUAUUUAUAUCUGGAUUUGGUCAGGGUUGUUACAGGGUUGCAAAUGAAAUCCAGUUGCAAGGGAACUUUGUCAGUUACCUGGAAGGGUUUAAUUGGCUGCUUUAAUUUGUUAAAAAAGUCCAGGCUGAGCAGAUGGUUAACAUUAGUUGUAAGACAUGAUAUCCUCGACAGUCUCUCUUUCCUUAUUGGAAACAUCUGUCUACUACCAAAACCUAGAGAGAAAACCCUGAGGUAGAACUUGGGUCAACUCCUUGGUAUUGUUACAGUGUAUUGACAGCACAUUCACUGUUCCUGGGUUGUCUUUGUAAUGUAACUUGUACCUAUUUGUCCACGAGUCAGAGGUCUAAGAGUCCAUGAAACAACUCAUGUAAGUCUAAAGAGUCAAAAAUAGCUUAAUAUUUAUUUUUAUUUCAUUAAAAUUUUCAUACAGUGUUUUGACUCUAAAACAUAGUCUUACUAAUUUCCCAAGUAUGUUUAUUGCGACUCGCAGGUGAUGACCAGGAGCUUGCCGACUUUUAUGCAAGUCAGCAGCCAUCUACAAGUGGAUCUGGCAGACCACAGUGUAAGACUAAUAAUCAGUCAGUGUUGACUAUUAUCAACAUCUAUAAAAUGCUCAAAAUCUGCUUCCGUGCACUCUUAUUGGUCGAUUGGUGUGUUUAGUUGAGAGUUUGUAAGAAAAUUUCGAGUGCUAAUAUUAACUAAAGCAACGGAGAAAAAAAUUGCCAUUUUUGAUUGAGGUUUGGCUAUUUUUUUUCCCCUCACUGAGCUCGAGGAAAAAAAGCAAAAGAAAGAAGAAAUUAAGCGCUUUGCCUGCCUCUGUUUCCGUGAGCUGGACGACCUUGUCGAGAAAGCUCAAGCAAAGACGUAAAUUUCAUAAGAUAAAAUUUUCUCAGAGACGUUCACAGCGUAAGAAACUAUCUAGACCUUAGUUAUGAUACUUGUUAUCUUUCAGAUUCAGAAUGGGACAGCAAAACUACCCAAGGUACGGUGAUCGAUUCAACUUCUCAACCAUGUCCUCGGGCAGCUAAUUCGAGCAAGGUUUCGUCGCUUUCAAAAGCGAUUAACCACAGUGACAUUCAUUUCCAGCUUAAAUAAACUCCUCCUCUUGAAGUUCUUUUCCGAAGGAAUCUUAUAUUUUUUAAACACACCGGUGUUUUUCUGUCAAAUUUACGAGGAUUCAAGCCGAUAUCGUUUCAUUCACAUAGUUCAGGCGCUUUCCAUAAGUUUUAACUUGGCUCUGAUUUUUACAACGCGAAAUUUGAUUAGUUUAUGUGUCAUUAGAUGCGUGACUUGAUCGGUUAGUAGGAAAUACUAUCGUCUCGUGUGUGUAUUAAGGAAAUGUAUAUCAAUCAUGAAGUAAAUGACAUUUUCCUUCGUUUGUCAUGUGAAAUAUAUUUAAGAAAAGCAUCCUCGACUGAGUUUCAGAUUUACAUAACUUUCUCGACUCCUGCCGACCCCCCUCGUAACGAUCGUUACAACUUGAUAUUGAACUUAUAGUCAACCUAUGACGUGACCAUAAAUAGUGCUGUAUACUUUUGUCAUGACUUGAUGGCGACUGAGAAAUUAUCUUAAAUUGUUUAACUUGAUUUCCUGUCUUAAGUCAGCUAAUGAUUGCUUUUUAUUUAUGCUUCUCAUUAACAAUUAAUUUGUCUUUGUAGUCAAACAAGGUACACCCAGUGUCGAUGACCUGGAAUAUCUUGCCUCAAAGCUUGGUGAUCUUUGGAAAAAGCUUGGGCGCCGCUUGAAAAUCCUAGAACCAAAGCUUGAUGAUCUGAACAAAUUAAACGAGGCUCUCUCUGAAAAGGGAUAUAAAAUGCUCAUGCAUUGGAAGGAGGUAAACGGGUCAGCCGCAACGUACGAAAUUUUGGGUCAUGCCUUACUGGAUAGGCUUGUGAAUCGGCGAGAUUUAGCUGAGGAAUUUUGCUAUGAGAAACAAUAACGUUAGAUUGUAUAUUUUGUAUAUAUUAAUUUAAUCUGAAUUUUGUGAGUAUCUGAUUUCUGAUUUUUGGGUUUUCGUAUCAGGCGCGGCACAAAAACGUUUUAGCCCGAGAGGUGAUGACUAGUUGUUUACUAUUCUGUGCAACUUUGUCGGACGGCAUUAAAUUCUCGGGCUCCUAGUUCGAGCUGCACACCC